UCAGGCACAACUCUUCCAUGUCGGGCGAGGGUACAGAUUUUUCAAAACCUGACCCAUACCCGAACCGAUUUGGUCUCAUUAUUUACACCUAAAUGCGACCGUGGAGCGAAGACAUCUGAAGUCAAACAGUACAUAGAAGAAAAAGAUGAGGCAAUAAGCAUGGCGCAAGUUGUUAACCUAAACUCUCUGAGCUGUUGGAGUCGACCCGACUCUGCUGGUCUCCGCUUCCACGAUGCGGAAAACGGGAAACAGAGCUGGGUCUCUUUGCAGCAGCAACUAAAGUGCAACGCCAAGUUUACUUGCCUUUUCUCCGGCAGUAGCAGCAGUCGCAAGGAGGAACAAGCUAGGAAAGCAUUAGAAAGUGCACUUGGAGGGAAGAAAAGUGAAUUUGAGAAAUGGAACAAGGAAAUCCAGAAGAGAGAGGAAGCAGGUGGAGGAGGAACUUCUGGUGGAGGGGGUUGGUUUGGAUGGGGUGGACGAUUUGGCUGGUCCAAUGGUGACAAUUUCUGGCCUGAAGCACAACAAGCAGCUCUUGCCAUCCUAGGUAUUGUUGCUAUGUAUCUUGUGGUUGCAAAAGGGGAAAUGAUGCUUGCAGUUAUCAUCAAUCCAUCAUUGCAUGCUUUGCGAGGAACAAGAAAUGGCCUUGCUUUUAUAUCAUCAAGAAUCUUGAAAAAUACAUCUCCGAAUUCUCCUGCUGAUUUUGGUGAUACAUCAAAGAAGGAUGUUUAUGUUCAGGCCUCUGCUAAGGAGAGAGUUUUGAGAAAAUGGGGAAGUGAUUGAUUGGUUGUCUCAACUUCUGAAGUCAUUUCUUUCUUUCUUUUGUUGGUAGUGUGACCAUUUUCAAUACACCCCAAGUUUUUUUAUUGAAUUUUUAAUUUGAAAAUACUGAGCAGGCUGUAAAGUGCUCACGUUAUAAGAGUAGCUCGGUCCCAUUGUUUGUCUAUUUUGCUCUGGUGGCAGAUGAUUAGCCAGCUUUGAUCUGCAUAAUGAAAUUAAUGUUUAUCUUUGACAAA